GCAGAAGCUAACGGAACUUUGGCUUCAUAUUACAAAGAUCAUAAAGAUGAGUAUAUGUGCUUGAACUGUUAUAACGCGAUCGUAGUAAAUGGGGCAAGCGCAUACGUAGAACAUGCAGCUGAAUGGACAAGAGGAUUAAAAAGGUGUCGUAAUGUUAAUCUUUCUAUGUCUGAGUCUAUUUCAUUACUAAUUAAUAUUAUUAUUGAGAGAGAAGUUAUAGGCAACGAUCCACCUAUUGUUACAUUUUCUCAGCUUAAGUUAAUUGCCGAAGAUAAAAACGAUCAAUUGAGUUUUUUCUUUAAUGAAAUUGAAGAAAUGGCUUGUUUGGAGAAAAAAAACGAAGCUGAGCAAAGGGCUCUUGAAUGA